CUGUAUGUCAUUUCUCCAGGCAGACACCAUGAACUAUGUGGGCCAGCUGGCGGGGCAGGUGCUGGUCACGGUGAAGGAGCUCUACAAGGGCAUCAACCAGGCCACGCUGUCCGGCUGCAUAGACGUGGUGGUGGUGCAGCAGCCCGACGGCUCCUUCCAGUGUUCACCCUUCCACGUCCGCUUCGGCAAGCUCGGGGUCCUGCGCUCACGAGAGAAAGUGGUAGACAUCGAGGUGAAUGGAGAGCCUGUGGACCUGCAUAUGAAACUGGGUGACAAUGGAGAGGCCUUUUUUGUUCAGGAGACAGAGCAGCACAAUGAGGUCAUUCCUGCCCACCUGGUCACCUCCCCGAUCCCAACAGAUGACCCUGCGUUCCGGGCCCGCGAGGCUCGCGCUAUGGGCACCUCCUCGUUUGCGGAGGGGGGAGCGCCAGAGGAACUGUCGGGGAGUACAGCAGCGGGAGCAGGAGCAGGAGGAGUGAAGAAGAGGAGGCGCAGGAGGAGGAAACACAAGGCAGACCUGCGCAAAGAGGAAACAAACGCCGACACCAACAGCGAGGUGGAGGUGGAGAAAGACAAAACCUCUGAGGAUGACCACAACACGCACGCCAACCGACCACCUUCGCUGUGUCUAAAGGACUACAGUGUGGAGCAGCACAGGCCUCCUGCACUCUCCUCUCAGGACGGCUACCCCCUGUCAGAAGGGGACUGGAUGGCCUUAGACUGCGGGCCUGAGCCCAGCAGCCCCAAAAGUGACUCAGAGUUGAUCGUCAGGCCUCCAGAGGUCGCGCAUGGAGCGGAGUCCCACAUGCAGUGGACAUGGGGCGAGUUCCCAGAAUCCACCAGGGUGAGCCACAGAGAGAGGUCCGAGUCCCUCAAGACCGUCACCAUCACCCCCUCAGAGACCACCCACUUCCGGGUCAUCCUGAGCUCCAGUGCCAUCGCCACCUCCUCAUACGAUCCCGGCUGCCCAAUCGUCAAGCCGGAACCUCGCAACCCAAAACCACUAGAUACUCAGACUGAGUGUAAUAAACCUCCACCACCGAGGUCAGACGUGGGGGUGACUCCCUCCUCCUCGGUGCCAGAGGAUGCUGCUGUGUACAAGGGCCACGGGAGGCGGCCGUCGCAUCCCGUGAUGGGCCACAACUAUGGCCAGGCGGUCCCCCCCGCCGCAGCCAGGCUGCUCGGGGACAUCCUGACAGAGGGCCUGGCAGCAGAGGCGACACCCCGCAGUCAGCCAACAGAGCCAGUUAGCAAGAGGAAAGUGGUGAGGAAGAGAAGUCAGCACCAAGGUCCAGAGGACAUCUACCUAGACGACAUUGUGGGUCUUGAGCCAGACGUCCGGGCACGCUACUUCCCCAAAAGUGAGUUUGACUCUCCACCUCAGCAUUGGGUGGAGGUGGGCCGGCGCUCCAGUUCUCAGUCUCCACAGUCGGUAGGCAGUGCUGCGAUGGACAGCGGGACAGAGUGCCUCUCCGACUCCCCCUGUGACCUGCCCCACAUCUCACUCUCUCUCUGUGGAGGCCUGGGGGAUGAUGCUCAGAUUAACAAAGAGAAGUUCAUGGAACACAUUGUCACCUAUCAUGAGUUUGCUGAGAACCCAGCCAUCAUCGACAACCCCAACCUAGUGGUCAGAAUAGGCAACAGGUAUUACAACUGGACCUUAGCAGCACCCAUGGUACUCAGUCAGCAGGCUUUUCACAAGAGUUUACCCAAGGCCACGGAGGAUGCUUGGGUGAAGUCCAGGAUGCCAAAGAAGUCUGGCCGCUGGUGGUUCUGGAGGAAGAGCUUCAAGCAGUCUGAUUCCAAGUCUGAGGCAUCUGCAACAUCCAGCAGAGAAGAGCCAGCCAUCUCCAAAGAUAAACCUACCCAACACAAAAAGGCUGUGGACGCAUCCAGUGAAGAGGAACCAGAACUCAGACAGGCUGCUGCCGUUACUGAGCGGCCAUCAGACCGAGCACCAUCAGAAGGCCACAUCAACACACACUCCUACAAGAAGUCACUUCGCCUGUCCUCUGACCAGAUAGCCAGCCUGAAGUUAAGAUAUGGCCCCAAUGAUGUGGUGUUCAGCAUUACGACUCAGUACCAGGGCACUUGCCGCUGUGAAGGGACCAUCUACUUAUGGAACUGGAACGACAAAGUCAUCGUCUCUGAUAUUGAUGGAACCAUCACCAAGUCAGACGUGUUUGGACAGAUUCUUCCUCAACUGGGCAAAGAUUGGACUCAUCAAGGCAUUGCAAAACUCUACCACACCAUACAUCAGAAUGGCUACAAGUUCCUGUACUGCUCUGCGCGGGCCAUUGGCAUGGCAGGGAUGACGCGGGGCUACCUGCAGUGGGUGAAUGACGGCGGCACCAUCCUCCCACGAGGCCCCCUCAUGCUGGCACCCAGCAGCCUCUUCUCAGCCUUCCACAGGGAAGUGAUUGAGAAAAAGCCAGAGAAGUUUAAGAUUGAAUGCCUGAGGGACAUCCAAAACCUCUUCCCAGCCAACAUCCAGCCUUUUUAUGCUGCCUUUGGAAACCGAAACAAUGAUGUGUUCGCCUAUAAACACGUCAAGGUGCCUCUCUGCCGUGUCUUCACCGUCAACACAAAAGGAGAGCUCAUGCUAGAGCAAAGCAAAAGCAAUAAAACCUCAUACAAUAGACUUGGUGAACUCGUGGAUCACGUUUUCCCACUCCUGAGCAAGGAACAAAGCUCGGCCUUCUCCUAUCCAGACUACAGUGCAUUCAGUUACUGGAGACAGCCAAUAGCUCCGGUCUGUCUGGAGGAGCUCUUCUAACCACACUUCAAAUCUGGGCUAUUCCAAACAGCUGGUUCAGUGUGAAUUGUUAAUUGAUAAUUCAGCCAGUCACAAGCAUCCCAAUAGAGGCUGGUCAUUAACUCUGAAUUAAGUUAUAGUUGGGGUUGAGUUACUAGUUAAAACGGACGCUUUGGCAAAAGACCCAGCGAGCUGUCCAUUCCACCAGCAAACUUUAAUUCUUCUGGAAGAAGGUGGGAUGACUGAAACGUUGUAUUAAAGUUUGCUGGUACAAUGGACAGUGUGCAGGAUCUUUUUUACUCUGGGAUUAAGUUCCUGAAGAUGUUUUCUGGAAGAUCCCCCUUGAAUGACUGUUUGGGCAGGUCCUGAACUUCACCAACUGAGCUGUUGCUAUUGAUGGCAGAUAAAGGGGCACUUAACUACAUCAUCUUAUUUAAUACGUUUUAAUUAAAAGUAAGAUUAACUACGAAUUGAAAUUAUUAUUAUUUUUAUGUAAAAAAGUACAAGACUGCAGAUCCUCAUAACUUUGGUUUAGUUUACACUCAGGGUUACAAGUGUAGGCUGUCCUACAGAUUCUGCUGCUGCUGUUUCUUUGCUUGCAAGCCUUUAAAGGAGAUGAGAACAUUGCCAAACUUCCAAGAUGUAACAAAGCAAGUACAGGUGUUCAUAAAGGCAAUAUUAAGGUUUUGAGUUUUUGAUUAACCAGCUAUAUGGUUUUUUAUUAACAUCAAUAGUGACAUCUUCACUUGCCUUGCUAUUUCCUGCCAUUUGGUGAGUGUGACAUGGGUCCAUUGAUGGUUGAAUACUUUUUCGAAGUUAAGCUGCCCUAGUCAUGUGUCAGGAACUGGGAGAGGCAUAGAGAAUGCUGCUGUGCUCCCUCCUGUUGCAAGUGCAAUAUUUUAGGGAACAGACAUGUAUUGUGAGGGGGCGAUACCAAAACGUACAAUGAAAAAGUAAUGAAAAGCCUAAUUGUUUGAAACUUUUUAUAGUUUAUUACAAAGCAGAGUUAACCACUCCUGUGGCGACCAUAUAAAUAUGUGCACUGUUUCUGUAUGGUUUUGCUUAUGGUCUAAGUGUGUGCGUGCGUGUGCGUGGGUUCACUUGGUUGAAUGUAUUUUCUGCUCUAGGGCUUUACAGCUUCUGCUGGGCUUUUAUUGUUGGAAAGCACAACUGAACCUUCUGGCAAUAUAACCUCAAUGAUUUCUUUAUAAUGAAAUAUAUAAAAUGCAAAAAUAAUUAUUACGCUCUGUUGUGGGGUUUAUAUACUCCAUCAGAUAUGCCUUGAUUAGCUGUACCACUUUUGUUUAGCGAUAGGCCAGUGGUGGCACGGUAUUUCAGGACAAUUGUUAUCUUCCAGAAAAAAAAGUUUAAAUGUGUUUGUAGUUUAUAGGCUCACUUCAGUUCUGAAUGCCUUUCUCCUCAACAGAACCUGCUUGACUGGUCCAAAUGUUUUAAUUAGAAGGUUAGGUGAGCCUAUUGUUCACUUGAAUGUUUUCAUUCUCUGUUGGUAUAUUUAAUAGUUAAAUAAAUCAGUAUUUCACACAUACAAGUAUACUUGUAGGUCUACUGCCUCUCAUUUUGGUACUAACUGUAAAUUGUGGAGAAAAAAAUGGGGGGAGGGGGGCUCAAAUAUCACAUCAUAGUUCAUGUAUGGUAAUCCACCUGUUGACUGGCCUCUGUGGAUGAGCAAUUAGUGCAACUCCCCCAAUAAGAAAUCGGGGCAAGAGAAGCUGUAGCCUUGCAAAUAUAAGGCAUCCCCCAGAAAGUGUGCAGAUCUGCUCAUUCAGGAGGUGGAAAUGAAUCACUCACACCACCCAUCAGCUAUCAUCAGUACCUUUAGCCAAAAGGCCAUUUAUACAAAAGCAUACCAAAUGAAAUACAAAGUCUCAUUACGAAAUACGCCCUCUCACCCAGGCGUACAGAGAGUAGAGAGCACCCUCACCACAGGCAUCACAGUCUAGAAUGGCAACACCACACAGGCUGAAAGGAAGUGUGUGCAAAGAAUAAGCAAGGUUUUGUUGUCAAAGGCUAGGCCUAU